AUGGGUCACUACUCAUCAGAUACACGAGAUCUCUCGCCAGAUGCGAUGGCAGCUGCAUACCCCGACCGCCCCAUCCGGCCGAUGCCAAAGCGCCGACUGCGUGAGCGUCUCUCUCCCAAUGUGGCAGACGCCAUCGUAUAUCCGCCGACAGCCCCAGCGAUAGCGCCUCUGUUCCACUACCCUUACCAUGCACCCACGGAGGAAGACCAGUCCCCUAAACCUUAUCCAGUCAAUAGGACACGUGAGGAUGAUGUCGAGCACAACUACAUAUCCAGGCGGAACUUGAAGGAGGUGGAUAGUGACGAAGAGUACACGGAACUAGCCUACCGAAGUCGUUACUCACGCCACUCCCCAGACCCUACAGGUCGGUCAUACCGUUUCGUCCAAAAACCGGAGGCUGCCAAAUAUUCCAAACCUGAUCCGCCGGCAUCAACGACAUCGUCCGCUGAUGGGUAUGAUUCUUUCGAGAAUACAAACAACAAGAAGAAGAGGAAGAUCCCAACACCUGGCGACGCGAUCUCGAACGGCAUACUACAAGCAAAUGAUAUGGCGUCCUUGACUAUAUCAAACCCGACGACAGAAGGAUCGCCUGUCUGUGAAGAAUCCAGUUCCGGCCCCGGGCAAUAUUAUGGCCCACCUGUCAGCAAUCUCGUCCAGGGCUUGUCUGGUCCAGGACGGGGGCGUUACGGACGAGUUCGAAGCGCAAGGAGCCCGCUUAGAAAUUUAUCAGAUAACCCUACCAACUGGGCUAAUGGCCGCACACCGCGGCAGAGACAAGCUCCAUGGUCACCAGGCGAACCCGCAGGGAUUAUUUCGACAGCAAUUGCCAAUGCCGAAAGCAAUUCGGCCCCCGUUUCGAGGGGCCAGGAGAACAUGAGUCUUCUUCAAGAACAAGCUGCCCGAAAAUCGAGCUCUACCGCUGCACAGUUUACCUUUACUUGCGACUCCCGAGUCCCUGGCACGGUAGCCUGGCCGAGGCCUCAAGCUUCCCCCCAUGGCUCUGGCGGAAGACCGACGAACACCCACGGAACUCAGACAAGCCCUCCGCUUUCGAAUGGAUCGCUUCCACAGCAGCAAAACUAUGAUCCGUCGCAAUCUCAAAACUUUAGAGAGAGACAGGGUCCUGUACCUCCCAAAAAUAACCGCCGAUCGGCAGGAAAGGAGUACCAAAUCGCAGCUCGCCAGCGCCGGGAGCAGCAGGAGCUACAGAAUUAUCACCAUCCGCUAGCACCUGAAGACGAAUGGAUCUGCGAAUUCUGCGAGUACGAGAGGAUCUUCGGCACACCACCGGAAGCUCUGAUCAGGCAGUACGAGAUGAAAGAUCGGCGCAUCCGCAAGCAGGAAGCUGAGAGACGGAGGUUACUGGAGAAGGCGAAGAUGAAGGGCCGCAAGAGCAAGAAAGGGACGAAACCUGGUGCGAAGAACGCGGCAGCUACCCAAGACCGUCAAGCCCAAGGUGGGCGUCACGCAUCAGCUGGUUCAAGCCAUGCACCUCAAGGUGCAGGCGAGAGGUACUAUUACAACGAUGAUGAUAUGACGUAUGCACAAGAUGACCAUCCAGCGUCUCCGACGUACCCACUGCCUACAGUUGCACAGCAUAAAGCGAGUCAAAACCAUGACGAGAAACAUACCAACGUCCAGGGCGGUGCAGGGAACUCGGAGGCACUGGCUAGCUAG